AUGAGUCAAGACGAGUUACAGACAUUUUGUUUGUUGGAAGUUGAGAGACUAUUGCAGAGUAAUGGAAAAUCAUUGAGAAAUUAUGCUGGCAUGCCCGUUCCUAAUAACUCUUUAGUCUCUCAAUUUAGCAAUUUGAUGCUGGUGCGUGAGUUGCAGUAUGAUACUGUUUCUUUGUCUCGUGAGCAUGAUGCAGAUAUCUUAAAGUUAAAUGAAGAACAGAGGGUGGUCUACGAUAAAAUUAUUGACUGUGUUUCGAAUAAGAAGGAUGGGUUCUUUUUUGUGUACGGGUUUGGUGGCACUGGAAAAACUUUUUUAUACAGAGUUUUGUCAGCUAGAUUGCGAUCUGAGAAAAAGAUUGUUAUCAAUGUUGCUUCUAGUGGUAUUGCUUCUCUGUUGUUACCUGGUGGUAAGACGGCUCAUUCUAUGUUCAAUAUUCCUGUUGAUCUGACUGAAGAUACUGUUUGCCGGAUUAAGAAAGAUAGUCCAAAAGCUGAGGUAUUUCGCUUGGCCGAUUUGAUUAUUUGGGAUGAGGCACCGAUGACUAACAAAUUAGCAUUUGAAGCGCUCGACAGGACGUUGCGUGAUAUAAUGGUUUCAGUCUCUGAUAGGAAUAAAGAUUUACCUUUUGGUGGCAAGGUGGUUGUUCUGGGUGGUGAUUUCAGGCAGGUGUUGCCAGUUAUUCCAAAAGGUUCGCGUGCUGAGAUUGUCAUGGCUUCCAUAAAUUCUUCUAUCAUUUGGAAAUACUGCGAAGUUUUGCGAUUGACAACAAAUAUGAGGUUAGCAACCGGAUCGGAACAAUCAACUGCUCAGGAGUUAAGGUCGUUUUCAGAUUGGAUACUUCAAAUCGGUGAAGGUCGAUGUGGAGCAGUGGUUAAUGAUAAACUUUUUGUUGAUAUUCCUUCUGAUCUAAUCAUUCCUGUCUUGGAAAAUCCAGUGGAAGAUAUUGUAAAUACAAUCUAUCCAAAUUUGGUUCAGAAUUUUUGUGAUCCAAGUUUUUUCCAAGAUAGGGCAAUACUUGCUCCGACUGUCGAAAAUGUUGAAGAGAUAAACAAUUAUAUAGUUGACCUGUUGCCCGGUGAGGAGAAAAGUUACCUCAGUGCUGAUUCGAUAUGUGGUAGCGAUGCUUAUUCUGAUGUUGAUGUUGAUUGGAUAACUGUUGAAUUCUUGAAUCAGAUUAGGUGUUCUGGUCUACCUAAUCAUUUGUUGAAGUUGAAAAUAGGCGUGCCUAUUAUUUUGUUGAGGAAUAUUGAUCCGGCUGGGGGUUUGUGUAAUGGGACUCGACUUGUCGUGCGAGAUCUAGGGACAAAUGUGAUUGGUGCCGAUAUUGUUUCUGGUAGCAAUGUUGGGGAUAAAGUUUUUAUCACUAGAAUGAAUAUGAUUCCUAGUGAUACGGUUAUACCGUUUAAAUUCCAACGUCGUCAAUUUCCGGUUUCUUUGUCGUUUGCAAUGACAAUCAACAAAAGUCAGGGUCAGACAUUAUCAACAGUCGGUUUGUUCUUGCGUCGUCCUGUGUUUUCUCACGGUCAGCUUUAUGUAGCUGUUUCCCGAGUUAGGAAUAGAAAUGGUCUUAAGAUUUUACUUUGUGAUGAGGGAUUAGUUGAUGCUGCGAAGACUGAAAACGUUGUAUUUAAGGAAGUUUUUGAUAAGAUAUAA